ACUUCCCUCCCCCUCACAUUUCCAUGCGUAUGCGGUGAUACAUUUCGCGUGAUAUUGUAGAAUUCGUUCAUGCGGAAAAUCUGUAUUUUGUCUGUUAAUUCCACACCCGACGUUUGCUUUGAAUUUUUUAAAUGUUUUAAUCACGUUUAGGAAAGUGAAUGAUAAGUGUAGACGCGCCCUGUAUUAACAGUAUGCUGUAGAAUGAAUUCGGCUUCAUGAACUCGCGUAUUCUACUUUGACCACUAAGUGUCGCUGUAUCCCUUCAAACAAUUCGAAAGGGAUCGCACACAUCAGUUGUUUGGUUUGGAAGCCCCCAACUAGAAGCAAAAUAAGAAUAACAUUGAAAAGAAUUAACAUUUGGCUUGUUCAAUAACUUUCAAUAAUAAUUAUAAUAAUUACAAAAGAAUUCAAACCGAUUGGCUGAGGCUAUAAUUAAAAAUAUUGCCAUUACACACACGCACACACACACACAACAAUAUUAAUUACGAUUCCAAAACGUAUACUAUGUGAUUUACAGAACACUUGGCGUAAUUAACCGAACAUAUGAUGCCAUUUUCAUGCUGUAAGGCUAGAAAGUGGAGAUUGUAGCCUACAUUAGUGGGAGGGAUUCUUGCUGCAGCAGGAGACGUGUGGAAUUUAGAGACCAAACUUUCCAGGAGUACCGAAACAUCUUAGACACCUGAUGAGCAUCCCACUAAAACAUUCCGAGUCCAACUGAAGGACGCUUGUUAGAAUUAUUAUUAAAUUGACUGUGAGGUGCCACAGCGUUUUUCAUAAAAGAGGAACAAAUUAGUGACUGGACGUGGAGCUAUGGGGCUGUCUUUUUGUUGCAGGUGUUUACUUUUGCUGUGUUUAACAGCUGCUCAUAGCCGUGCUGCCGUUCAGCAAACCUGCAUGGAUAAACAUCAAGUGGUUGGAGUGCUGCGACAGAUGGAGAAGUUUCUAAAAGGCCAAGAGCUUCGAUUCACAGAAGGUUUCAGGAUCAUGAAGUCAAAACUGGCAACACUGCAGAAUUCUGUCUCCAAGUUGCCUCAAGCGGACCAGUCAGCUGCCCCUGCCACCUGUCAGCCCCUGGAAGAACUGGAGCACGGCACAAAGUUUGGAUCCAAAUACAUAGCCGGACAUGAGGUGCAUUUUGCUUGCUCGCAGGGCUAUCACCUCAUGGGCUCAGCCACACGUGUGUGCCAAGACAAUGGAACCUGGAGCGGAGUGGACGCCGUGUGUAAAGACGUCAGUGAAUGUGCAAGUAACCCCUGCCAAAAUGGAGGUACCUGCGUGGAAGGGGUCAAUCAGUACAAAUGCACCUGCUCACAGAACUGGAGUGGCUCUCACUGCCAGCACCACACUCAGACAGCUCCUCCCGAGUGGAGUGUAAUGAAUGACCCAGCCUUCAGCCGAAAACCUCGCUGUGCCCAAGUGAAACAGGCCCGGCACUGCAGCUGCGAUGCAGGUUUCCACAUGAGUGGCACCUCCGAUAACAGCAUCUGCCAAGAUGUCAACGAGUGUGAAGUCUACCGUCUGGACCAGGGAGGGACGUUAUGCAUCCAUGAAUGUGUCAACGUCCCGGGUUCAUACCACUGCUCCUGUCCCAGUGGCUACAAGUUGCUCCCAGAUGGGCGGAGCUGUGAGGAUGUGGACGAAUGUUUAAACCAGCAGCACAACUGUAGCCGAGGAACAACGUGUAUCAACACUGGGGGAGGCUUUCAGUGCGUCAACCCAGACUGUCCCCGUUCCCAUGGCAACGUCACCUACGUCAAAACAUCUCCCCUUCAGUGUGAAAGGAAUCCCUGCCCCAUGGAAAGCCGCUCCUGCCACCUCGCUCCAAAGACCGUCUCUUUCCACUACCUCUCCCUCCCGUCCAACGUACAGACGCCCGCUACCCUUUUCCGUAUGGCCACCGCUGGAGCCCCCGGGCGCGCAGGGCCCGACAGCCUGCGCUUUGGCAUUGUGGGAGGAAACAUGCGGGGUAUCUUUGUCAUGCAGCGCUCAGACAGACAAACCGGCGAGCUGAUCCUGGUCCAGCAACUGCGCGGGCCGCAGGAGAUCACCGUGGAUGUGGACAUGUCGGAAUAUGCCGACCGCACUUUUCAGGCAAAGCAUGUGGCCAGAGUCCACGUUCUGGUGUCACCCUACAACUUCUGAGGAUGAUGGGGAUGGGGAGGAUUAACUGAUGGUUUGACCACCUUGAGUCCAUUGCAGCCAGUCCGCAGGUCAGAGCGUGCUUCACUUUAAGAUUUUUCUAGUGAAAGCAAGCGAACGUGUGUGAAGAUAUAUUAUUAAUGUUAUAAAUUACAGUACACAUGAGGCAGCACGAGAAUGUCACUCAGUGACAGAGCACAGAACCUCCACAAGAGCCAAAUAAGCCUAAAAGGAAUCAACAUCAAAUUGUAAACCCUCAAAGAUCUAUCUCCAUUGUCUUGCAUGGACUGCUUUCUCAAGAGCACGUCCUGAAUUUGAAUGCAUCAAAUUUGAUGUUGGAGUUGCAACGAGACAGCAAUUUUCCAGUUGAUUUUUCAAAACGUUCUGGACACAUUCCCGUGGAAGAAAGAUUUUAGAAAAUAUUCAUUUGGACGAGCAAGACACUUUCCAUGCCUAUCAUUGCAAAUUGGGAAUCAACUGGAAAAUUUGGGAACUUAUUCUUUCAAACGCUAACACAUGACGGAAUAUAUUAGCUUGCAUAAAACAGAAUCCUUGUGUAAUGGGAAUCGGAUUCCUAUUACACUUGUGCCUCCAAGAUAAUCACUUUUCAGGAAAUCCCCAAAACGACAUGUUUUCUCAACCAGCGUCAAAGAGCUCAAGCUAUUUUCUCUCUCUCUCUCUCUCUCUCUCUCUCUCUCUCUCUCUCUCUCUCUCUCUCUCUCUCUCUCUCUCUCUCUCUCUCUCUCUCUCUCUCUCUCUCUCUCUCUCUCUCUCUCUCUCUCUCUCUCUCUCUCUCUAUAUAUAUAUAUAUAUAUAUAUAUAUAUAUAUAUAUAUAUAUAUAUAUAUAUAUAUAUUUCUAUAUAUAUAUUGCGCGUCGUCCCGCACGCGGUCUGUCCUUUCGUCUGUCCCUUUUCAAAACGUACCUACUUCACCCCGCCGCUGCGCGCCGCCACUGCGCCGCUCAGGCAGUGGCUCACUACGAUCGCGCGGGCAUCUUAGCGAAAAAAUGUUGUCUACCCACAAGCAUUGCAAUAAAAUUGUUAGUUAUUUAGUAGAGCUAAACAUCUCUUUAUUUUCGCGAUAAGCAAUGAAGAUGAACAAAAAGUUGAACCAAGCAACAACACUUUUGUGGGCCGAAGGCCCACCUUACCAGCCUUCCGCAGGAACUAGCUGAUGAGCCGCCCGGAGGGCGGCGAACCAGCUAGUAUAUAUAUAAGAGAGAGAGAGAGACCAUUUGCGCUCACACUCACACCUAGGGACAAUUGACAGUUUUCAAUUAACCCGCCAUGCAUGUUUUUGGUCGCAGGGAGAACAUGCAAACUCUACACAAGAAGCCUACAGCCAGGUUUAAACAAACCCCCUAAUUACUUUUAAGUAUUUCUUUUUCAAAAAUAACAGUUUUUGUUCGAAUGCACUGUCCCAAAAUUUUAUAUAUAUAUAUAUACACACACACACACGCACACGCAAGUGCCCUCUGUUCCUCCCAAAUGUUGACUUUAUUGCUUUUAAUUCCCAGUUAUUUCCCUAGAAAAUAUCCAAUUCCUUCAUCAAAGCGCACCGUUGUGGAGAAUAACAUGAGUGUUGCGACACAAGAUUCCAUCCACCUUGUUUUAAGAAUGAUUAACAACUAGACACACGGGCAUCUGUAGUAUUAUUGUAUAUUUUGGAUAUUUUAUUCCUGUUUCUUGUAUUAUCUUCCAACAUAUACUGUAUAUUUAGGUACACUAUUCAUUCUUGCUAAGAGUAUUUUGCUCUUUUAAAGAGUGGAUGAUCUGCAGUAGCAAGGCGUUUCAUAUUCUGUUCCACCCUUCAUACAUAGUACAUGUAUCUUGAAUGUAAUAACAACUGGAGAAGUUGAAACAUUGUGUCUACAUAAAUGAAAUAAACUCAGUGUAACAUCUCA